UUGGCCUGUAUAGCCUUGUGCAGCGCCAUGAAGGUCAUGUCUAUCUUGCGGCCGUGUCUUGUGGAGAUGGUGCGGGUGAUGACUUUGUUGCACGCGUACGGGUUCACCGUGAACGAGAAGUUUCCAUUGUAGUGAUCAUCGGCUUCGCCGUUGUCCCCCGGGAUCUUGAUUUUGAUCCAGAAGGUGUCCGUCAGGGCGCUGCUCGACUCGAGUAUCAGAUUAUUCUGUGGAUCGACGGUGUGUCCUCUCUGCGAUGACCAGAAGUGGCCACCAAAGCCGUCGGUGGCGGCGAAGGAACCCGUGAAGCGGAAGCGAGGGCGCACGAUGAAGAGCUCCACCCGGUACUUAGAAAAGGAGUAGGCUAAGUUCAGGUUUUUGCUGUCUCCGUUGUAGCAGAUCAUGUGACUCGGUGGUGGAUAGUCCCUCUCGUCGUAGCCGUCGUCCUCGCUGAUGUAGUCGGCCAUGUCCUGCGGUCUGUAGAACCCCCCAUUGUCGUCAUCAUCAUACUCGCUCCUCCUGCGGUCGUCGCCGUCAUCAUCAUCGCCGCUGCCGCUCACGAUGAUGCCAUCAUUGCCGAUGCCAUGGAGCCCGCUGCCAACGUUGUCUCCCCCGACGCCGUCACCGCCGAUGCCAUGGGAGCCAUCGCCGGCAUUGUCAUCAACCUCUUUCUGGUUGUACUCGGCAGCAGAUUCUUUCUCUGCCGUUCCUGUUCCUAUAGCGGGCUCAGUGGUGCAUGCCUGCAGGUCGCACGAGACGGCCCUCGAGGAUGGCCUUUCCGGCGGCCCUCCGGCGGCAGCCAUACCGCUCACGCCCUUGCCAAGAUUGCCGGCGGUAAUGAAAACCUAGAGCGAUCGAUCUGGUUGAUUAACUUCGGUCUCCUGAGAGGCUCAGACAGACCUAAUUUAUCCAUGCCAUCCAUCAAACCUGGGCCGGGCCUGGUUCUGUGCACAGUUCCUGGCCCAGUCUAGGAGGAGACAGGAACCUGGACCGAAACUGGUUCGGCGCACACUAUUAACUUCCGUGGGCCAAGACCACCAAUCCGAAGGGAAAAAACAAAGAGGGUACAGCGAGAACGGCGGCGGCGGCGCCACACUUGCCGGCGAUGUACGCGGAAACGGAGCCCGGGGCCGCCGCGGAGCGCACGGCGUUCCGGCGGGCCGAGAAGCAGUACAAGCUCUACAAGCCGCCCAGUCGCAAGGGCAGGUCCAACUCCAGGUCCAGGGGCAAGCCAGCCGGCGGUGGCGGCGGCGGGGACCUGUCCGCGGUGGUCGACUUCCACGCGCUGCUUGCUGCCGGAGGAGGCGAGCUGCCCGCCGGGAUCCGGAGGUGCGACCGCGCCGGCUUCCACCUGCCCGUCUUCUGCUUCCUCGACCGGCCAGGAUUCUAUUUCAUCCCUGGUGCUCUAUCUACCGAGGAACAGUGCUAUUGGAUCAGGGAAAGCUUGAAAACAUUCCCACAGCCUCCUAAUAGAACCAACUUGACUGCUACAUACGGUCCAAUUUUUGACUUGCUCAUUGCUGCUAAAAACCAAAAGAUUUUGGUUGAAGUGGAAAGUUCCAGUGGCAAACCAAGAGAUGAGCAGAAUAAUGUUGGGGAAAAUGCACAUCCGGGUAAAUUCAAUUUUGUGGAUGGCUCAGAGAUCCAAAAGGGGGAAAGACCUAAGUCGACCACGGCAGCUGCUCUUGUGCGCAAGCUCCGGCGGUGGAGCACCCUUGGUUUGCAAUUUGAUUGGUCAAAACGUAACUAUGAUGUAUCGCUUCCACAUAACAAGAUUCCAGACGACCUUGCUGCUCUAGCAAAAAAGAUGGCUGUUCCAGCAAUGCCUUUUGGAGAAGAAUUUGCUGCAGAAGCCGCCAUAGUGAACUAUUAUGGUCCAAGUGACAUGCUUGGUGGGCAUGUUGAUGACAUGGAAGCAGAUUGGACAAAACCUAUUGUAAGCAUAAGUUUGGGUUGCAAGUGCAUUUUUCUUCUUGGAGGGAAGACGAGGGAUGAAGCUCCAACACCAAUGUUCCUGCGAAGUGGUGAUAUUGUAUUGAUGGCUGGGGAAGCCCGAGAAAGAUUCCAUGGUGUUCCACGGAUCUUCACAGAGGGUGACCAGCAAGAUAUCUCUGGGCUGGUAUCAGAACUAUCUGAUGAUGAUGACCGCUUUAUCUUGGAUUACAUUCAUAAUUCAAGGAUAAAUAUUAACAUAAGACAAGUGUACUGAAGCUACUUUAGUUAUUACUGAAAGUUUGCACACCUGCCGCCUCCCAGGGGACCACAGUAGAUGUGCAAUUUGUUUUUAUUAACUGCAUCUGGAGUUUGUUCUGAAAUGUUGCUGGAAGAUGAGGUAACUUAUUGACCAGGAGAAGCAAUCAUGUUCCUUCAAAGGGUAGGCCUCCAAUAGACAGGGCAUUUUUGAUAAUUUCAUACCCUCAGCGAGACCUCAGUUAUCAUAAAAAGAAUCCUGCUAAUGCGACAGAUUGUAAAUCACUUAAUGGCUUAAUGCCUGAUGUAUGAGAAGUUGUUCAUCUUGUGUACUCUUUUCCAGAAAA